UUAGCGGUGCAAGCAGUCGGCUAUGUCUGGAAUACAACAACCUACGAACAAUCACGCACUCGCGUUGUUGGCUCUCAAAUCGGCCCCUGCUAGUCCUUCAGGAGCAGUAUGGAGUCCAGAGUCAAAGGGAGCUGCCAUUGCACGUCUCGAGGGCAAAGACUUCGAAUUCACGAUGCGACAGCCACGCAUCACCAUAGGCCGAAACAGUAGCAAAGGCGAUGUCGAUGUGAAUAUGGGCCAUUCUAGUUUUAUCUCUAGGGUGCACCUUGAAAUAUUCAACGAGCAUCCUAAUUUUUUCAUGAAGUGCAACGGGAAAAAUGGCGUGUUUAUUGAUGGAAUUUUUCAGCGUAAAGGUGCUCCACCCCUUCAACUACCUCGAACAUGUAUUCUGAGAUUCCCAAGUACCAACAUCAAGAUCCAAUUUCAAUCACUGAUUGAUGAAACUGUAGCUCCGCCCCCACCAGUGUCAGUAGCAACUCCAAAAAAGAAGCCGCCUCUACCCCCACUGAAGAUCAACAUCCCAGAGCCUCAAGAAGCUAUGGCAAACAGUCCUUGCCCCUCCCCUACAGGCACAAUCAGUGCUGCCAACUCCUGCCCGACAAGUCCUCGCAGUGGCUCCACUCAUAAUUCCAGGUUCACCCUUAUCCCCGACCUGCAGGCGGUUGCUGCAUAUGCAGCAGCUCAUCCUCGCGAGGAGAAGGACAAUAAUUCUGUAUCCUCAGUGGUCACCCCUAGCUCGGGAGACAACUCAAGAGAUGAGUCGAAGCCUCCUUACUCGUAUGCCCAGCUGAUUGUGCAAGCGAUCACAUCAGCUCCCGACAGACAACUAACCCUCAGUGGUAUCUACGCCUACAUCACAAAGAACUACCCGUACUAUAGGACUGCUGACAAAGGGUGGCAGAAUUCAAUCAGACAUAAUUUGUCACUGAAUCGAUACUUCAUCAAGGUUCCUCGGUCUCAAGAGGAGCCAGGUAAGGGUUCGUUCUGGCGAAUUGAUCCUGUCUCCGAGGCGAAACUCACUGCUCAGGCCUUCAGAAAACGGCGUCAAAGAGGGGUGCCUUGUUUUCGAACUCCUUUUGGAGGAUUGUCUUCUCGGUCUGCCCCGGCCAGCCCCAGUCACAUGGCAGGGUCUAUCACCCCUGACAGCCUGUCCCGAGAGGGGAGCCCCAUCCCAGAGCCAGUUCUGGAGACGGAAGUGUCUCAGGCUGCUGUGCACAUUGUACAGCAGUCUCAGCAGGCACACCCAACGGUCACAGAUCUGCGCUUCUCACAGUCGGCACCCGGCUCACCUUCAGGUUCUCGUGUGCUGUCACCAGUGACAGUGUCGGCCAGUGCAGGUCAGACUGCUAUUCAUCAGCUGCCCUCCGUGAUUGCCAAGCCCAAGAUUUUUAUGACCACUCCAGGUCAGGUGCUCCUCAAUGGACCAUCUGGCACUCCGCUGACUAAUGGGACCCACCUGGAGAUCAAAAGGGAGUCUGGGGAAGCUGUCAGCCUUGGAGCAUCUCAGAAAAUGGCAUCUUUGGUGGCCACAGCAAAUCAGGCUCAGUUUCAGACGCGGACCAUCAACCCGGUGACCCUGGUACGCACCCUGCACGCGGGCCAGCAGGUGGUGGUCACUGCGGCGACUGACUCAGGCUCCUCCCCGCAGCCCAUUACUCUCUUGCCCCAGUCUGUGCAGCUGCUGCCACCACAGGGCUCUGGGGCAACGAGCCAGACCAGUGCUAUUCAGCAGGCUCUGGCCCCAUCAUCUGCCGGACAGUCUGUGCAGCUGCUCCAGCAGCAGGUGUUCCCUCAGCAAGUUUUGCUUCAGCAGCAGCAGCACAAAACAGCUACCUCAGAACAGCAGCAGCCAAUGGGAGGGGACGCAUGGGCUACUCAGGACUCCAAGCCAGUGGUACCAGUACUGAGCACAGGUGUCAAGCGCCCAGGUGAAGAGGCUAUGACUCAACAAGAACUGGAUGCUGCAGCAGCCCUCAAGCGACCAAAAAUGGAGGAGACAGAAGCUGAACUGGAGUGAAGUUACUUUGGCAAGCUAUGGCGGUUUGUGUUUUAGCACACUAUUUUAUGUGCAGGGGAUGAGUUAUGUUGACCUCUCUGUGUGAUGGUCUUGUCUCUUCCCUAGGAGUUUUCUCUGUGCAAGUUUAUUUUGCCUAAUCUGACAUACCCAUACAGCAGGUCUCAAUCUUGAUAGCCAUCACAGUGCAGGUCUGUGAUUUGUGCUGUAAGAGGCCUGCGACAGUAAACUAACAGCAGGCAAGACUUGGUUGUCGCUUUUCUGAAACUGCACCCAGCAGGCAUUGAGAUCAGCGAGAACUUGCUAAUAGCUAUAAAGGCAAAAAUAGAGCACUGUGUAUAACUUGGGCAUAAUAGAGGGACACACAGGGGAGGGAGCUGUAGCAUCUCCUGGUACUGAUAGCAGCAUGCAGAGAUACACUGCUGUGUGUGCUCGGGAUGCUGCCAGGUCCACGUUGGGGGGGGGGGGGGGGGGGCAACAGUGCGUUGAAUGCAGAGGCAAGAUCUUGCUGAUGGUACCCACCACUGUUGUUGUCAGCUCGGGAGUCCAUGUGUACAGGUCUGGAUUUUUAAUGUGUUGUAUUGUUCAUUUCGUGUUGAAGGACAAACAUACUUAGUGAAGUUGUGCACACACACCGUAUUCUUGUAUUGGGUAAAUAGAAAAGAACUCGGAAUUGAAUUGAAAUAAUAGUGAGAGAUCCAGUAGAGCUAAGGCAGCAGGUACAAGUUCUUCUAGAAUGCUCCUACUGUAGACUGGUGGAAAGUUUUACAUAUUGUACAGCAUUUUAGUCAGUAAAUUUGACCAUGUUUGAAUACGCUGAUGUUUAGAGAAAGAAGCUUGUGCUAAAAUCGUGAUUCGAGUUGUUUAAAUCAAGUGAAAGAGACACAUGUGAGAAAAAGUUGCCUGAGACAGUGAUGACUGAUGGUCUGACAAAGUGAAGACAGUUUGUGGUUUGAGCUCAGAAUGAUUUCUUGGAAUGUGAAUGACAGAGCAAACAUUCUGCUGUUUACAAAUCUUUCAAAAGAUAGUACGCUUUGCUUUUACGCAUGUCCUUUUUUCUAAGUUCCGUUGGAUAACCCCCUUUAGGAUCAUCACUCUGUCACAUGUACUUUAUAUAGUGCCUUUACUGUGAAGCUCUCCUUUUCUUUCCCUCUAAAUUCUAAAUCUUGAGUUCAGUUAUCCUGGUCCUCUUCUUUUCCCCUCACUUCCUUUCUUUCUUUCUUUUUUUUUAAGGAGAUCAACAAAAAUUCUAAGAUAUUGUGUGUAAUAAGGUUACAAGUUAUUCAAUCACUGCGCUAAUUAGAAAUGAGUUUAUAGCAUGUGGUGUAUUGUUACAAUAAAUAAAGCAUGAAUGUACUGUUUCUAAUUUCGGCUGCCCUCAGUUUUCAAAUCAGGAUACCUUCUGAUAGGAAAUAAAAAUGUGCUGCAGGUUGGACAGUUUUCCUCAGGUUUCUUCAUUGGGUACAAAAAUAUAAAGAAUGUUCAUCAAAGAUGUGACUCUCAUAAUGGCACAUGAUAUCUUCGGAAUGUAACCUGGGUUAAAUGUUUGUCUUGGACUGGCACUGCAGAGAACUCAAGAUUAUAUGGAUAUGUGUUUAGUACGUUCUCACUACCUAGUGCACUUCUUUGUUCACAGUGUUGUAGACUUAAACUUUUACAUUUUUGCAGCAGAUCUAAAUCUGUAUUGCUUCAUGUACAACAAAGGAAUGGCUGUGGAUGAAUGGGGCUGUGAGGAAUAAUUUGAAUGGUAAAUGUCUAAGAAUGUCCCUUUUGUCUCAACCUUAGAGUGGAUGACUCAAUUGAUGAUGUGACUGUGACUGUCUGUUGUGAUUGCUUACAUGUGAGUUUCCUUAAUGGCCAGCUAGAAAAGUGGAAUGAUUUGAUCCCAUUGUUAUUAUUAAUUGCCAGUAUAAUUGACUGCAAGGAAGUUGUGGGAAAGCUUUGACAUUGAGAUCCCACUCCACACUUGUUGCCAGUCUGAAUUUCUGCUGCUUUGUUCAAUUUUGUUGUUUGUUACCUUUUUUCUUUUUUUCUUUUUUAAGGAGUAUUCAUUUUGUUUCACAUUGUGAUUUUUAGUCUUGUUCCUGGUGACAUCCCUUGUGUGGGAGUGUAGAUUUUGUUGUCAGGCUUCUUAAACGUAUGGCUUAGGGAAACAAUGAUGAAGAAAAUGUUUGAAUUGAUUACCUACAGUGGAACCCUUUUAAGCUGUUCUUGUUGUGCCUGAUUUUUUGGUGACAUUUUUAUUUUAUUUUGUGUGCUCCAAGCUGAAUACUUUUUAUCAGAAAGGGAAAAGUGAAGUGCAUUUUGUAUUGGAUAUCGUUAUUAAGUGUAAAAUGCAAAUGUUCUUUUUACAUGUUUGUGGGACCUUGUCUUUUAGUAUGUAUUAUUUAUGCUGUCUUUAUUCAUGGAUAUCUGUGUAACUUUGUUUGUGGAUCUCUUUAUCUUGGCUGUUCUUUUUUCUUGUUUUAGUCCUCUCAGAAAGUAGCUCUCAUGUAAGUGGUGUCUUGUACUUGUGAGCUUCAGGCAGCAGUUCAUAAUACUUGUCCAAUUUGAGGGGUUUAUUGAAGGAUUGAUUUUUAUUUCAGGAUUUCCCUGCCGCAUCGUUAAAAGCAGCUAUAUCUCUAAGUAUUCUAUAUCUCAAAGGAUCCAUAAUAUCCUUGUCAAUUGGAUUUUUGCUGUUCAAAAUCAGGUCCUUGACAUACUGUUAGUAUUACAUCUUUUUAGACAGAAUUUGAUCCUUCAAGCCCUCCCCCCUAGCCAAGACAGACCUGUGUGCUGCUUCUUUGUGUUGACUGAUAGAUAAACACAGCUGUACGCUCAGGAAUGCACUUGGUGAGCAAGAGGGUGAAGCUAGCCAUGGUCUGGUUAAGAUAUUUUUUAUUUCUACAUCCUUUUUGACUACCAUUAUGAUUGUACAGAAAGAAAAGGUUAAAUUUCAAGUCUUAGAGCUGUCUAUCAGUGUCAUGUACAGGUAAUGUCCUUGUGGUGUGAUUUAUAUAGUUUGUUUUCUGGAUUGUUCUCAUGUUUUUAUUCAUCACUACUUUAACUGUUUGAUAGCAAUUUUUCCCUCUUUGAUUAUGAGUAGGACUGCAUGACUUGUCACAUUGUGUAUGGCUUGCACAUACAUAUUGCAUUAAGGGGGCUCGAUACUGAAUUCUGUUAAUGUUACUCAUUCAGCGACUAGUGUCAAUAAAAUCUAGAUUGAAUGAGAGAUUGGAAAAUACCAAAAGUACAAAGUGCUCAGAGUGAGUGAAAAUCAGUCCCCAGGGCCCUAGACCUGACCUGCGAGCCCCCUUAAGUGGUUUGUUGAAGCUGUCUUGAAAGGAUGUAAAAUUUCAAGAUAAAAUCUUGUGAGUGCGAAAGAUUUAGGUGACAUUGUCAGCUCUUGAUCAUUUCAAUUUGUCUUUUUCUUUUAUUAUGUGUGUAUACAGUAGUCUCCACCUAAACGCACGAUGCUUGGGAAGGCUUUUUAGCGUGUGUUUAUACAGAGCGUGCGUUUACAUGAGCCUGUAUAAAGGGAGGAAGGCACGCAAUCAUCUCAUUUCCUUGAUAUAUUAAUAACCUCCCUUUGGGGAUAGGGGUCACUUGGGCCGACAAUGUGAUGACACGUGACUGUUUUGUGAAGGGUUCCCCGACUGCGGUUAUGUUAUGUAUACGAAGUCGUUGAAUUGGGGGGCGGACUUGCUUUACUGAUAUGCACUAAAAAAAAAAUGUCGGGAACAGAAUGAGGAUUUAAAUGUUGGUGACAGAUCCAGUCAUAUUAAAAAGCGCUCAGCCGCGCGACUUUCCAAGCGACCACUCCCGACUGUCUGUCAUCUAUUGCAACUCAGCAUAUGUAUGGAUGACAUCUGAAUCAGACAUUCCAAGAGACUUUUCUCUUGUGAUUCGUUGAACUAGUACGUUGUAAGUUCUUUGAGCGCAGCUGAUUACUUGACUAAUUUUUAUUCCUAUACAGACCUAUCUAGUGUUCUAGAGCCGUCACGCGUUUUAACCCUUUCGCACUUAGCAGGCUUGGCCAGCUGUGGCCCCCCAUCCUUAAGACAAGGGCAACAACUCCACGAAAAUUGAAGGGGUACCUUACUAAAAAAAAUUGUAUAAAAUCACAAACAAAACCAAAAAUUAUGAAAAUAGUAUUUUCUGAAAGGAAAAUGAAUGAGCUAAAUUACUAGUACAAAAUUAUAAGUGGAAUAGAAGAGUAUGAAAUGAUAUGAGAGGUCUUUCUGAGAUGCGUGUCUUGGAUUCCGAGUCUAGAUCUAGAUCUAGAUCUAGACCUCGUAUACUACAUUUCUUCAACUCACGAAGUUUCUGCCACUGACAAAGAGGUAAUCCACACAAAAGAAAUACAACACAUUCACAGAGAUUGAAGCCUCUGGUGGAAACUUGAAAGCACCUAAAAGACUUUUCUUUGGGUGUUUUUAUUUUGUUUUUGCCGUACUCAUAUCGGGCAGCUUUGCGCCCAUGCAUCCUAGAGACAUGAUGGCGUGUUUACAACUAAAAUCUCCUCCGACUUUUGUUCCCGCUCAAAAAGUGACUCUUUGUGCUAGCGAAACAAGAAAAACACCAUAGUAAACCGGAACUCUUCCUCUAUAAAGAUAGCUAAGUUAAACUUCUGAUGAUAGUAAAAACAAGCACCCCCGUGGCGAGCGCUAUAGGGAUGAGCGGGGGUCACCGCCGCGAGCGCAUACGGGCGCUGUAAGUGCGAAACGGUUAAGCAUCAUAGGCCGAACUUUAACUUACCAUGACCUAUGCAGUCAUUCAAACACCAGUCAGAAACAUCCUCUAAAAGACGCGUUUCAAGUGACCAAUCGAAAGACAUUUCAGUCCUACCCCCCCUUCCCAACAUAUCACCUGACCGGUCCCGAAACUUACAUGUCUGUGGAAAGUGAGGUGUGAAAAUGCUGUCCAUCACUCUCUUUGUUCUGCGUGAGGGACAGUCUCGCCAAAUAUCCGUUUUUCUAGACUCUGUGUAGGCUGCAAAGAAAAUUUCCCCCUUGUCAAGCUUUACUUGUCAGUGUGUUUCGAGGAUCGAAGCGUGCGUUUUGAGAGAGUGACUGUGCUUUUGUACGUCUAAAUUAUAUCGUAAAAAAACCCCAUCAUAUGACGAAAGCAUGCGUUUGAGCGGAGCGUGCUUUUGUAUGGCGUGCGUUUAGGCGGAGACUACUGUACUUUCCUUGUAGAAAUCAGGAGAGCUAUUUUGGACAUAGAUCAAAUAAUGCAGCAAUGGACAAAGUGGGUUGCACAAAGAGUUCUGUGUAGCAGCUAGUCAAACUGAUAUCUCGGAUGCCUAGCAUGUAGAAUUUUUGUUUCUUUUCCUAUUCGCCUGACACGCUCGUAUCUUUGUUUGUUGUAAAUGUUUGUGCCGUAAGUCAGCACAAAAACUUUUUAGGGUGAUUUUUACGUUGUCAUUUGUGAGGCAUCGUGGUGAAAUCAGGCACUCGUCGAAAUAAUUAAAUCCGAGAAAUCUGCCUUUUUUGGCC